AUUCUCUUCAGACUCGGGCAGCCCCUUGCUGAGUUGGUCGCAAUCAUUGUUUCUCUGCAGCAUUAACCACAUUCCAGAGAGGCGCAUCGCAUCCCGUCUCCUUCCCCACAUUCCAGAGAGGCGAACGAGUCCCCCGCGUAAAAACGCCUUUAAAUUCAAUUCCCCUGCUCUCACUGCGCACAUACCGGAAUAAGAAGCAUAUGUGUGGAAUAUGGGAUUAUCCAACACGGUGUAGUUUCCACUGAAGCGGCUGUAAGGGAAAUCUAGAGGAAAAACCAACAAGGAGAAAUUCCUCCGCGCAGCGCGCCAUUGACUGUAAAGACCUUUCAAGUUAACAAAAACUGAAGUUGACAAACGCGUCGCUGUCGGCUGAUACUGUGAGAAAGAGUUUGGUUUUCGGCGCUGGGAGGGAAGCGGAAGGGGACGAUGCGGCUUGCGGUGCGGGUUUGCGCCUCGGCCGGCGGUUUUGCGUGAAGGAGCGACGGCUGCGCGGCGGCGUUUUGUUUUGAUUUCCAUGUGAAACACAAUUAGAGCUCCGCGGAGCGCAGCGCACUCUCAACUUGUUUCUCGCCUCUGGAGCGCAACAUGGAGCAUUAUGAGGAGGACCUGGGACUCCGGGCCGCUUCCCUGAUGGAGGACCUUUCACUGUUCGAAGCCUACAAAGACGGGAUGUACAACGCGAGGAGGGACUUGGUGAUAAACCCAGAUUUGGACUUCUCCGCUCCGGCGGUGGCGGGGCUGAAAACCAAGCCGAUGAAUGGUACCUCUGUGCUCCACCAGCAGCAUCACACUUUGGAGAAUUUCACGCCGGGGAAUAAAGUGUACAACGCGGCUCCUGUGCGUCCCGUGAACUGCAGCCGGCCGGUUCCCGUGGAUUUCUGCGCCCCUCAGAGAGACUCUCCGUACAGUGAGGAGGGCUGCUGCACCAAAUCCGAAGUGGCUCUGCCGUGCUACUCUGGCACGUCCGAGAGGAACCGGAGGUACUCUUUAGAGGUGCAGGGCCACAGGUACAGCACCGGCUCCACCUUUGAUGGAGUACCUCUCAACAAAGCGGUGCCGCUGCCCGGCAACAGGUGCAACAGUGUCUGCAUAACCAGCAGCCACGACGGGAGAUACGGCGCCGCCAGUCCCCGCUCCAGCCUGGCAUCGUCCCUGUCCUCUCAGGAGCAAAGCAAGCAUGCCAGCCCACGAUCGAGCAUCAGCAGCCCGCGCACCAGCCUGGUGGUGCCGGGACAGGAUAGGUAUACCAGCCCCAGGUCCAGCUUGGUUCACUGUGAGGGCAACAGCAUCCUCAGCCCUCGAUCCAGCUAUGCAAGCACGGCCAGUGACACGAGCAAACACUCCAGCCCCCGGACCAGCCUCAACAGCUGCGACUGCUGCAGCAAGCCCAGCAGCAACCGAACCAGCGGCAUCAGCAUGGGCUACGACCAGAGGCACACCAGCCCCAGGUCGAGCACGGCCAGCCAGUACUCCUUCACCACCAGCCCGAGAUCCAGCUACUCUGACUCGCGGUACGGGCCUGUGGUCAACCACGACCUGGAGGGGUCCAUGAUGAUGCACGCUGCGCCGCUGGCCAGUCCCCGCUCCAGCAUCUGCAGCCAGGACGGGAGUGCCAGGCCGGGCACUGCGGCGAACUGCGUGGUCAGCCCGCGGUCCAGCAUCUCCAGCCACAGCUCCAGAAGCUCCCGCAGCUCCCGCGGAUCAAUGAGCACCUACCCGGACCUGCAGCUGCCCUCGCCCAGGUCAUCCAUGCUGGGCAGCGGUCUAACGGAGGACACCUUACUGCAGGAGUUCGGAGACUCUAACGGGGCUCAGAUUCGCACCCGUCUGCAGACGGUGUCCGAACCGCAGCCGCAGCUGGCUCAAGCGGGAGGGACGGUGGACAUAAGCGCCGGCUCGCCGUUCUCCUUUAGCUAUGGCGUGUCGUCAAAGACGGCCUCGUCAGGGCAGAGGUAUAAGUUACCUUACCAGGUGACCCCCAGCCGAGAGAAUGGGCCGAGCCAAGCGGAGAAACGGCUGGAGGCGCUCACCUUGGAGCUGGAGAAGGAGUUGGAGAUGCACAUGAAAAAGGAAUACUUUGGUAUCUGCGUGAAAUGUGGGAAGGGUGUGUAUGGGGCCAGCCAGGCAUGCCAGGCCAUGGGGAACCUCUACCACACCAACUGCUUCACCUGCUGCUCAUGUGGGAGGAGGCUACGAGGGAAGGCCUUCUACAACGUCAAUGGGAAGGUGUACUGUGAGGAGGACUUCCUGUACUCUGGUUUCCAGCAGACGGCAGAGAAGUGCUUUGUGUGUGGUCACCUCAUCAUGGAGAUGAUACUCCAGGCGCUGGGCAAGUCCUACCAUCCGGGCUGCUUCCGCUGCGUUGUGUGUAAAGAAGGGUUAGAUGGAGUGCCUUUCACCGUAGACGUGGAAAACAGCAUCUACUGUGUCAAAGACUACCACACGGUUUUUGCUCCGAAGUGUGCGUCGUGCAACCAGCCCAUCCUUCCUGCCCAGGGUUCUGAAGAGACCAUCCGGGUUGUUUCUAUGGACAAGGACUACCAUGUGGAGUGUUACCACUGUGAGGAUUGUGGUCUUCAGCUGAACGAUGAGGAAGGCCAUCGUUGUUAUCCACUUGAAGGCCACCUUCUCUGCCACAACUGCCACAUCCAACGACUCCAGUCAAAGUUGCCCGCCCACCCGCCCCCGAGCUACCCCCUCCAUGUGACUGAAUUGUAGGAAGGAGACCCAGCUCCACCUUCAAGAUGAUCCAGGACACCGGCAGUGGGGUAAAGAGGGAUGGUCGCCCACUCCUCCAGCAGUCAUGGUCAUGAUUCCAGGUGCUGCAGCCCCAGCUAUACAAAGGGUUUCCAUUCCUCUCUUUCUCCUUCAUUUGGGUGCAUAAUCUAAAACCAGACUCACCCAGAAGGCCCCAAGUAGAACCAAACUUUGACGUUUUCACCUUGUUAAGGCAGCAGUUCCUGGAUUUCUUGUUUUUUGACUGAAGAGCUUCACUGCAGCGUUGUCACAGUAGAGAGAACGAGCCUCCGGAGUUGGCCGGGCCAGAUGGGCAGUGCCUUCAGAGCGUUUUCUUUCUCCAUGCAGCUUUCAACACUGACCAGAGCCCUGCAAAAGGCUAUGCAAAGGACCCCCAGCAUCAUGACGCAGGGCUGUGAGGAAAAGCAAACGACUCUGCACCGUGUCGAUGUCACAGUAGCACUACAGGCCCAGAGAAACAGACUGACAUUCCAAGUAGAUGUCCAAGAUGACACCUCGAGAUUCACAAGCAGUGUCUUAAUUGAUGAUUAUAUUAUGGACAGAAAGAAAACUUUAGAUGCACACAGGUUGUCUUUUUAUAUAUGAAUAUAUAUUUCGCAGACGUUUUCCACAUAAGAUCCUAGAUGUAGAUUGUAUUUUUUUAUGUAUGUUUAUCUGUGAGCGUGACAUAAUUGGAGGUGUAACUGAAGCCUCCACAGCUUUUGGAUCUGUUGCAUGAUCUCUCCUAGAGUCGCUUCAUAUCUGUCAGAGUGUCAGAGAUCCACAAGUAGCAGAUGUGGGUGUUGUAGUUUUUUCAUGCAGUUUGUUUAUUCCAUUUUAAGUACAUAAACAGUUCAUUUUGUUACAAAUUUGUUAUUUUUAAGCAAAUUUAUCCCUGCCAAGCUGAUGUUUACAUACUCCAAAUAGUAAUUUUAAACAAACUGUGCUAUAUGCUGCACCUUUCAUUCGAAAUUUAAAUUCAGGAACUGACUCAAAAUAGCUGUUCCACCCAAAUAUUCAACAAAGAGUUGAACAUUUCAAGAAUUCAGCUUCUUUUUUUUUUUCAGCAAUUCUAACGUAGCUACUUAAAGUUGAAUAACACAACUGCAUGCUCACCUAAAAAUAUUUUUUUCCUUCUACAUUUAUUUCCAAACACUGCUACUUUGUCAUAUAAAUCACAUCAUCCAUAACUGUAAGCAAGCUUCACCUGUCCACAAGCGUAUCUCAAUACAUUAGAACAUUAUGAAAAUGUUAAUUUGUUUCAGAAAUUUUGUUUAAAUAUGAAACUGCUAUUGCUUUGAUUCAUAGCAUACAUAGUGCUAUAUUUCAAGCCAUUAUUUCAGUUAAUUUGGAUAAUGACUUGUAGCUUAAAAAAAUUCAGUUCAAUUAUUACUUAGGACCGAUUAAAUGUCAGACUACUAAGAAGUAUGUGCUUGUACUGUAUGGUACAGUAUAUGCUCUCAAUACCUGCAUGAAAUUAUGCAUCAGUGAGCAAGGAGGUGAUUGGCACUGCUGAGGUAUUUUCCUUCUACUCAACUUUCCAUUAAUAUUUUUAGAUAUUGCAUUCAAAAAAUCAGUUUCUCAGAACAUUUUUUAAUGUUAUUUAUGUAAAUUGGAAACAUGACUGGAAAGUUGAGUGAAAGAAAGAAGUGUGGUUAUUUUGUAAUAACUAUAAAACUAUAAUUGUAGUCCCCAAAAUUAUGCUAUUCUUUUUGCUAUUACUCUACUUAUGAGUUUUGGGGCAGUUGUACAACACUUUUUUUACUGAAGUAAAUAAACCAUUUAAUUAAGGUCUAAUUUACUGAGAUGCGCUCGUAUGUCCCAUUGUGUUCUGCACAAAGUCUGCUAAUGUGUUAUGUGGGAAGAGGGGAUACUUGAAAUCAUGGAGCUGCUGGUCCCACCCAUGUGCUUUUUUAAGGGAUCCCCACCCAGCGUUGCUUGUGUGUGUGUUCUCGCGAUCACAGGCACUUAUGUGUUGCAGUGUGUCUGCGUGUGUGUAUGGGUAUGUGUGUAUGAGUCUGUAGGAAGACAGACUAAGAAAAAAAAAAAGAAAACUCAAAUUGUUUCUUUCACAUAUCAUUGAGUUUUGAAACAUUCUUUUUAUUUCUGCUUGUACCAAUUCUCACUUUAACAUUCCUUGGAUGUUAAUGGUUUGAAACUAGAAUUCAAAAUUGCUUAGUAUAAAGCAGGGGUCUCAAACUCCAGUCCUCCAGGGCUGCAGUCCUGCAGUUUUUAGAUGUACCACAGGUACAAAACACUGGAAUGAAAUGGCUUAAUUACCUCCACCUUGUGUAGAUCAGUUCUCCAGAGCCUUAAUUAUUCUAUUCAGGUGUGGUGCAGCAGAAGCACAUCUAAAAGUUGCAGGACUGCAGCCCUCGAGGACUGGAGUUUGAGACCCCUGGUAUAAAGCAAACAAUUGAGUUUCUGUACAUUUUUGCAGAUGAACCCCAACGGUUUGUGCUUAUAGAAGCAGCUGAUUGAAAUAUCUAUGUGUGCGUGUGUAUGAUAGUGAGAGAGAGUUAUGUGUACUAGUGGCAGGCCCCUGGCACAUGCACCUCACUGUGUUUGCAGGGCAGCGCAGCAACCAGCAGGAUGACCCCGUUUAUCUCUGUUAAAAUCUGACGAUGACAUUAAAAGAUGCUGGAACCGAUACAUCCAACUCUGUAGCACAUCCGUCACCCAUCUGAGGUUGUAGCUAGAGCGGGGGAGAAAAAUGUCACCAACCACGGUGUGCAUACACUGGCCCAUACUGUAAUGCUGUAAUACACUCAGUUGUGAAUAAAUACUACUGAAUGUGUUUAAAACAGAGAGUGAAGGCAGGGGUCAUCAUGUGAAUGUAAUAUAUAGUGUUUGUAAAAGCAGAGAAGAAAAUGACUGCAAACUGUAUGAUCAACCUCACCUUUCUUGCAAGGUUCAAGUAACGUGUUGUACUUGAAGACUGAGGCAUUCUAUGAAUUAAUCUAAUAUUGCCCAAGAAAAACUUAACAAAAGCAGAUUGUAUCCCCUUGAAAGAUGUAUUAAUUUACUUUUUUAAAAUACUACUUUGAUUUGUAUUUCAUAAAGAGGCUAGUUUUUUAUUUUUAUUUUGUUUCCUAUCAAAAAAAUAAACAAAUAAAUCACUUGGAAAGAGAUGACAUCUACUAUUAGUACCAUCAAGCACAUCUCAACACCUGUCACAUCGUUUUGUAAUGCUCAGUGUUUUGAUUACCUAGAUGGUUCAUUUAAAAAAAGGAGACUAGAUUUAUUUAUCUAAACAUGAAAAGGUCUAAAGUUAUUUAAUGUAUUAAAAUCUGGACGUAUCAUUUAACUGUAGAUGACAUAAUCUGCUUUUUCAAUAAAGUGGUUUUGUAGCUAACUG